AACUGUUCGCACUUGGCUUCAAAGCUGGCACUUGGAGGUUGAGUGUGGAGUCGCAGACUGGGUAGCUGCCGCCGCGGUCGCCGCGGGACAAUAAUCCGGGAUCUAGCAUACCUAUUGUGUAACUAUGGAAGACUAUACCAAAAUAGAGAAAAUUGGAGAAGGUACUUAUGGAGUUGUAUAUAAGGGUAGACACAAAACUACAGGUCAAGUGGUAGCCAUGAAGAAAAUCAGACUAGAAAGUGAAGAGGAAGGGGUUCCUAGUACUGCAAUUCGGGAAAUUUCUCUAUUAAAAGAACUUCGUCAUCCAAAUAUAGUCAGCCUUCAAGAUGUGCUCAUGCAGGAUUCCAGGUUAUACCUCAUCUUUGAAUUCCUUUCCAUGGAUCUCAAGAAGUACUUGGAUUCUAUCCCUCCUGGUCAGUUCAUGGAUUCUUCACUUGUUAAGAGUUAUUUGUACCAAAUCCUUCAGGGGAUUGUGUUUUGUCACUCUAGAAGAGUUCUUCACAGAGACUUAAAACCUCAAAAUCUCUUGAUCGAUGACAAAGGAACAAUUAAACUAGCUGAUUUUGGCCUUGCCAGAGCUUUUGGAAUACCUAUUAGGGUAUAUACACAUGAAGUAGUGACACUUUGGUAUAGAUCUCCUGAAGUAUUGCUGGGGUCAGCUCGUUACUCCACUCCAGUUGACAUUUGGAGUAUAGGCACCAUAUUUGCAGAAUUGGCAACCAAGAAACCUUUUCAUGGAGAUUCAGAAAUUGAUCAACUCUUCAGGAUUUUCAGAGCUUUGGGCACUCCCAACAAUGAAGUGUGGCCUGAAGUGGAAUCUUUACAGGAUUAUAAGAAUACAUUUCCCAAGUGGAAACCAGGAAGCCUGGCAUCCCAUGUCAAAAACUUAGAUGAAAAUGGCUUGGAUUUGCUCUCGAAAAUGUUAGUCUAUGAUCCCGCCAAACGAAUUUCUGGCAAAAUGGCACUGAAUCAUCCAUAUUUUGAUGAUUUGGACAAUCAGAUUAAGAAGAUGUAACUUUCUGACAAAAAAGUAUCCACAUUAUAUGGAGGAUGGAUAGUUGUACUGUUGACUCUAUUUUUGUCCUGUAUAUUUUCUUCUUGUUGUAAAACUUCAUCUGUACUUCAUCUUCUACUUUCAAAAGUAUAACUUAAAAUGUAAAUAUUGUUCUAUAUGAAUUUAAAUGUAAUAAUUCUGUAUAUGUGUGUAGAUCUCACUGUGACAACUAUUUGUUACUUUAAUAAAACUAUAAAAUCUAUGGAUUUCAGAAAUUGGGGAAUAUUUGAGUUAGCUUAAAUCAUCUCAAUCCUUAUAUAGCAGCUAUAUUUUCCUGUAGUUGAAACUACUAAAAUUUAUGAAAGUGUGCUAAGUUCAAAUUUCAUAAUGCUUUGAAGUAUUUUUAUGCUCUGAAUGUUUAAUCUUGUCAGUUUCUUGACAUGUGGUAACUAUACAACCUGUCUAAAGAUGAAUAUUUUUCUAUGGUAUUUCAAUUUGUGACCUAAAUGUUUAAGCAUUCAGAAUGAGAACACUCUACAGAUAUAAGAAAUGAUGCUAAAUUUAUAGGGGUUUUAGUAACUUAUAAAACUAACAUUAGAGCAUGCCAAAGUUUGCUAAGUUUUACAGUCAAGAUCAAGGGCUGUCCACAGCAGGGAAGAACAUUCUUGAAAAUUUAUGAACUAUCCUAUUUUUAGGUGUGUUAAGAAAGCCAUUUUCUAAGUGAAUUCUUCUGCCUUGGUCAAGGUAUAAUUGUAUGAAGGGUAAUAACUUAUCUUGCCUUUCAAGUCUGACUUAAAAGUUUUGACAGUGUUCUUUAUUAGCACCUUCUAAAAAGGUUCUGAUAUGAAAGUAUUUAGUUAAAAUCACUGGUUCUGGAAAUUAAAUUGUUUCAUAAUGCGCUUAUUGUCAUUAUUGUAAGCAGCCUAAUUUUAAUAUUUGCUACAGUUAAGAGAAAUACCUAUAAAAAACUUUCUACUCUUAGUGUACAUCUAUUUUCUUGGCUACAUCUCCUACCUUUUUUCUUGUUACCUAUGGCUAGAAUCUGCAUUCCUGUGUUUUUGGUCCUUGCACCCAACACAGUCAUUGGAUAUGUAAUGAGUGUCUAUGUUGAUUUAAAAUUUUGUAUUCUAGAAGGAAGUAUGGGUUACUUUCUUUGGCAGUGGAACCUAUAAAAUUUGCACUUUGGUUGCCUUGUUCUAGGAAUUCAGUGGAAGCCAGUGUGCUGUAAAAGACAUAAAGCCCGCAGAUGGAAGUCAUUUGGGGUCUAAUUACAGAGGAUGUUACAAUUUGUGUGGUAGGAAUUUGGUAAAUGAAAGGUCAAAAAGAUAAGAUGGUACAAUGGCAUCUCUAUAGUCUUGUGCUUCUUUACCUAAGAAGACAAUGAACUAGAUAAUUUUUUCCAGUGUGAUCGCAUCCCUUUGGUGAUUCAGAAUCAGCAUUAACUACAAACUUCCCUCCUCAGUGUAAAAUAAAUAGAAACUGUCAGUGUUAUUUUCUAUGUACUUUUGUUCCAGUAUAUACAGAUAAAUAAACAUGUUUGGAACCUUAUGGAUGUGGUAAAAGCAGCUUAGAAUUCUACUUUACUCCAUGGAGUCUUAAUUGUUUGAAAAGUCAACAGUUUAUCAAUUUAGAACUGCCUUGUGGAUUAGGAAAAUGAAAUAGAUGGUAAAAACACUCAUUGCCAUAAUGAUUGACCUACUUUUUGCUCCUGCUCCAAAUUCUCAUAAAGUUCUAUGUAACUAUGUCAACUUCAAUGAUUUGGUGAAAGGCUACUAAAUUGGAUCUACAUCUCAUGUAAGUUCUUAAGUUACACAUGCUAUGGGGUUUAUCUUGAAAACUGGGAAAUGGAUCCCAAGAACUAGUUUUUUUUUUUAAAAGUUCCCCAAGCUGAUUUUGAUGAAGCUAUCAGUUGGUGGCAAGUUUGGCAACUUGGGCCUAUAUCUAGUUAUAUAUGUUUUUAAAAAUUCAUGGCAUUGUGCAAUCUUGAACUUCAGUGUACAUUUCGGUCUACUCUUGAGAUGAAGGAGGCGGCUAUAUAUUUCAUGUAUAGUCACCAAUGUGUAAGACCUUUAGAUUCUUGAGCAUAGUACAAUGAUAACUGCUCUCAAGAAAAUCUUAGUGUACUAUCCCUAGUCACUGGAGGAGGUUUUUUGUUUUUUUCCUAAUUAAAUACACAUACGGUCAUGCAUAGA